AUUUGUUUUUCCAUUUCUGGAUAUUUUUUAAUUUGAAAGCAAACGAAUGCAUAAUACCCACCCACAACAUGCAGUAUACAUUCAUUCUAUACCCAUACAUUUUGUUACAGCUAAACCAGGAUUGUGGAUUUAUUUUUCUUCCUUAUUAGCUCAUGAUACAUGCUAGUUCUUUCUUAUGUACACAAGAGGAGUGCUUGGACACUUUGUUCUGCUAUCUAGAUGGCAUGUCCAGAAAAACAGAACCUUAAACUGUAUUUCCCAAUAGCAGGUUCUGAUGUAAAACACCAGUCUGUUCCUGAACAAUAGCUGCCAAGUGACUGGAAAGCUUCACUUAGUGAGAACGCAGUAGGUUCUCAAAUGGGAAGAAACCCACAAAUGUAACUGACUGCGCAGCGAAACAAGCCAGUGCUCCAGGAGCCGAGGUAUCUUCAUAGUAAAUCUGAAGGCGUUAAAAUUUAGCUAAAUUUAAGCCAACAGUCCACUCCCCUCUGGGCACAACCUCCUCCCCUUUCUUGAAACAGGCUGUAAACAGAGAAAGGGAGGGGCUAGUGCAGCCUGCCAAGCAAAGCAGAAACUUUGUGAGUAAUUUACUAGGACAAACAAGUGCAGCGCACACGCAGCCGGGAAUGCUCGUGGCUGCGUGAGCUCUACCAGAAUGAGAUCACAGUGUUUUUACAGAAGAACAUGACAGUCCUUUACAGUCAACUUCCUUGCUCUGGAAAGUUAUUUAUCCAGCGUUUGGGAACCUCACAGUACAAAGGAACAUAAAACAUGAACUGAAGAAAAGCUGGUAACCAGCAGAGAAAAUACAAACAUUCAGAUCACUAUGUGGAGCUGUGAAGUUUUGAAUAGUACCAAGAACAGCGAGGACCAGCAUCUAUGUCAUGACUUCCACCUUGUUCUCUCCAUCCUUUCCUUACUCUACCUCAUCAUCUGUUUUCCAAUAGGCCUUUGUUACAAUGCCCUGCUGGUUCUGGUUAAUCUCUACAACAAAGCGACUAUGACAAUGCCAGAUGUUUACUUCGUCAAUAUUGCAAUUGCUGGUCUCAUCAUCAAUGCUAUGGCACCUAUGUACCUUCUGGGACCUGCCAGUACAAAAUGGGCUAUCUGGACUUUUAACCAUGAAGUUUAUAUCACAUUACUUAUUUUAUUCAAUGUUUCAUCUUUAGUUAUCAUGUACUCUACGACGUUGCUCAGCUUGGACUACUACAUUGAACGUGCUUUACCGAGAACUUACAUGUCGAGUGUGUACAACACAAAACAUGUCUGUGGGUUCAUCUGGGGAGGAGCUAUGCUUACAAGCUUUUCAUCUUUACUGUUCUACGUCUGCAAUCAUGUAUCCACAAAAAUAAUUGAAUGUUCCAAGAUGCAAAAUAAAGAAGCAGCCGACGCCAUUAUGGUUUUUAUCGGAUAUGUCGUACCAGCUGUUGCUGUACUAUAUGCACUUGUCCUAAUAUUGCGAAUACGUAAAGAGGCUACUCCACUUGACCAAGACACUGGAAGACUUGAUCCUUCAGUUCACAGGCUUUUGAUUGCUACAGUCUGUACACAGUUCACAUUAUGGACGCCCUACUACAUGACUCUUUUGGUCAGCACGUUUACUAACACGCAAGGAAGAGUUACAGAUGAUGAUUACACCAGAAUAUUACCUUUUAUCACGGUUUUAUCAAAAUUCUUGGCUUUCUCAAGCAGCUUUGUAAUGCCUCUACUCUACCGAUACCUUAAUAAAAACUUUUCCAACAAACUGCGACGGCUGCUUAAAAAAAUACACUGUGGAAAUCGAGGAUGUUCCCAUGAACGCACAGUAGUACAGCAGGUUAUAACGUAAGCAUGAGAGAGUCUCAUGGUGCUCAGUUAUGGCAGUACUCGGAAUACCAGUACAGUACUCAGUAUGUGACUGUUCUGCUGUUGAUAUUCAUAAAGAUCAUUUCUAUAGGAGUGCCUAGCAAAGAGGCUUGAAAGGGUCUUCCAUUAGAACUGAGUUACAGUUUUAACCUAGAGAUAUUAAAACUGGUUGCAUAAAUCUUCAAAGUCUAUCUACCUGUUAUAACGCCUGUGACUUCCAAUAUUUUCAGUGCACUGAAUUGAUUAUAAAGCAUAAACUUUGUCCUCACAGUUUUUAUGAUCCUGUCUGGAAAAAAUCACUAAGCGGUUAACUGAAGCCUUGAAUGAAGAUGCAGCACUUUGUUAUCUUGUACAGGAAGAGAAAAUAUCUUACUCUGAAUAUAAAGGAAUACAACUGUUUUUAAUUUAAAAAGUAGUGCUAUCCUGGGUGAAGAAACAGCGUAUUUUCAAUGAAGACGGCCUCUGUUAAAAAUCAUACUGUUCAACUGUAUGAGGCUGAAAAGUGAAGUAUUAGUUAUAAAUUACAUUGGUAUUUAACUAAUUUGGUUUGUUACUUUACCAAUUCCCUUCUAAAAAAACCCCCUAAUUUGCAGUUCUAAGGAAGGAUAUUCUCACACAAACAUACCUAAUUUUAAGAUCCUUAACAUAUCACAUUUUUGUAGAUGUUACAAUUAACAAAAAUGCAUUUAUGUUUUCCUUGCUUUGUUUGCAUCAUAAAGCAUUUCAGUGAUUUAGAAAUAUUUAUUAACUGAUUUUAGGGGAAUCAUAUUAAAGUGAAGAACACGUAAAGUUAGAAUGAAAGUAAAAACUUACCUGCUUAAAGAAUGCCUGACUAAGUGUUAUGGUCCGCAUAUGUUCACGUAACUAUUUUAAAAAUAAAUGUUUCUGCAUUUGCAAAGGACAUGCUUGUGACAGAAACAAACUGAAGUCUCUUCAUUCAGGGGGCCUCAUUAAAGGUUUGAACACACUGCAGAAAGUUUUCAGUAUCAAUUUUUGUUUUAAAACGGGAAAGGAUCAAGAGCCCUUUUCAAAUACAAGUUACUGUUUUCCUUGACUAGAACAAUGUGUCUUGAAGCAAUGAGUAGUUUAUAAUCAUUUAUAAAAAAGCAGGGCUCAGUUAUCCUAUUGAAGUCCCAAAUUCAAGCAUCUGAUUUGAUAGAAAGGGAAGAUGAAUCAAUAUAAAAGGAAUUAAUUUAGUUCAUAGCAGUGUAAAACCUAUAUUUUAGGUGCAAAACUCAUAGCAAUGUAAAACCUACAAAUUUAGCCAGUUAAAAUUAUUUUGUUCUACAUAAUCAACAGCAUUUUGGAUUUUUAUUUACAGGAGCAUCAGUCACGUUAUACAUACACACAGUUAGGAAACUAACACUUAAAAUUAUAUAUUAUUGGUGCAAAGAGCAGUGCAUGCAUACAUACACACACACAAUAUCUAUUGCAGGUUUGCUUGUUUGACACAUAUGUGUUUGCAAUUAUAUAUAUAAUUCCAACCUGGCAGAAAACCAGGUAUGCUGCAAACAUACAAA